AGGUUCUGUGCGGGAUCAUGCGCUCGGUUUGGGGUUUAUUCGCGGUGGUGGCUGCGGCUACGUUCUACCUCUACCUGCUGUCGGUAUUUCUGCCGCCCGGGCCGCCUCGCGCGCAACACCACCGCCCCGCCGCCGAACCGGGAGCGCGUGAUGAGGACAGCACUGCACAUGCGCAGGAAGAGGAGCUCCGGCUGCAUUUCCCAUCAGACCUGGAGGAGCUGCGAGAUCUGGCCGAGCUGCUCAAGUUUUAUAAGCGACAACACACAGGUUACGUGCUAGUGCUGUUCUGCAGUGCCUACCUCUACAAGCAGUCCUUCGCCAUUCCUGGCUCCUCCUUCCUGAACAUGCUGGCAGGGGCGCUGUUCGGCCCGUGGUACGGCCUCCUCAUUGCCUGCAUCCUCACCACAGUGGGCUCUACUAACUGCUACCUGCUGUCCCGCACAUUCGGCAAACGGCACGUGAUCCGCCUCUUCCCUGAGAAAGUGACGAUGUUACAGCUGAAGGCGGAGGAAAACAGGAGUAGCCUAUUCUUCUUUCUGCUCUUCCUGCGCUUCUUUCCCAUGACACCCAACUGGUUCUUGAAUGUAACCUCUCCCAUCCUCAACAUCCCCAUUCCCAUGUUCUUCUUCUCUGUCCUUAUUGGUCUGAUCCCCUACAACUUCAUCUGCGUAAGGACGGGCGCCAUUUUGUCGGAGAUCACGUCACUGGACGACAUCUUCUCCUGGGGAACUUUGCUGCAGUUGCUGCUAAUAGCAUGUGUAGCCCUGCUUCCUGGAGCCAUCAUCCGCCGUUACAGUCAAUCACACCUCAAACUGGAUGGCAUGCAGCCCAAUGGCCAGAGGAAACAGCUUAAAGAGCUCAACCAUCUCAAAACCAGAUGACCUGCAGUAGAUCAGAGAUCUGCAGGAGCACAGCACUGAACAGGAGGUGAUUACCAGAAGAACUGCUUUGGUUCAGACUUGUCACAGCGGUUCGUUUUAUGUAAACGUUUAGCAAUAGCCACUUUGGACCAGAUUACCAUUUCGAAUGUUCAUUCUCUUAUGUCGGGAUCAGACUACUGAUAUUUUUGUCUUUCACAAUGGUCACCAUUUCAGAUUAGGCAAUCAUGGUGCCAUAAAUUCUUGCCAUGUCUUGGUGAGGAGAUUGGUAACACUACAAGUUUUACUCCGAACAAUCAUCGUUCACGUCCUUGCAUGUCAUUCUGGAGGAGGGUCAAGAAAUUGUCAAUCAUGGCUAUCAAGGAACAUGUUGUAGAAGUUGCCAAAUUAGGUGAGAAAAUGCAAAAAUUCUGGCAUGCUAGACUUUUCGUCGGGGUGUUGUAGGGUGUCCCAGACACCAUAUCACUGUUCUUCGAUUACGUCACAUUACAAGGGCUAUUUGUCAUUCCUGAUGUUCAUAUUCAGACCCGAAGCUGGAAAUUUGUACACCAUUUUGUCAAAAUUGGGCUGAAUACAUG